AUGGCAAUGGGCAGUGGAGCAGAAGGGAACAGGCUUUGUCCCCCACCCAGCGCAGGGGCGGUGCACUGGGAUCCCAACACCCCUGGCGCAGCCCUUGCUCCUCACCCAGUAUUUGCCGGUGCUGGGUAAAGCCAUUGCUGUGUGGAAAAGCCAUCCCUUGGUGCUGCAGGGCGGCAGUGCCAUGCGGGGCCUGCUGCUCUGCGGGGGCUGGCUGCUGGCCGCCGGCUGCCUGGUGGGUGCCAGUGGCAGCUGCCGGCACCGCUGCUGCCCGGGCAGGAACAACGCGUGCUGGGCGCCCGGUGCCCGCUGGGCUCACUGCUACUGCGACUCGUACUGCCAGAGGACAGGCGACUGCUGCCAGGACUACCACAGUGUGUGCCGCCAUGCUGCGGUGGGCUGUGCAGUGGGGCCCUGGGGGCCGUGGAGCGGGUGCAGCUCCCCGUGCGGGGUGGGCAGCAAGGCCCGCAGCCGCCAGGUCACCGUCCCGCCACGGCACGGAGGGGAGCCCUGUCCGGACCUCAAGCAGCGCCGCGGCUGCCUGGGCGAGCACCCGACCUGCGGGACAGCCAAAGAGGUGGCCAAGAUAUUACCUGAUUCCUUCAGCCAGGACUUCAGGGAUCCCUGGCGAAGAGCUGGGAUGCUGCUACCAGAGGAGCCGUCUGGUUCCCCCCUCCCCAGCUACUGCGGCUAUUUCCGCCUGACACAGGUAGGGCCCCUGUGCCGAGGGCAUGCCUGGAGCCGCCGGCUGCACCGGGACAAGCAAGUGUGUGUCGAGUGCCGGGGGGACACGUCCCACCACCGUCCCCACUGCACCGGGCACGGGCUGCAAGGAGCCAGGACAUUUUGGGUGGCUGCCUCUGUGGCAGGGUGUCAGGGCUCGUGGGUGCAGGAGGGGCUGCAGGAGGGUUGUGUUUGCUCCCCACCAGCUCUCAUCUUUGUGUAGCACCCCCAAUUUCACCCUUCUGCAGGCUUGCUGCUUGCCCUUGGAGUUGACUCCCUGUGCUUUCCAUUAAGUAUUUUGUUGAAGAGUGGGAAGAAAACCCUGCUUAUAAAGAUUAAAAAUAAGGGAGUUGCUGAAGUGUGGUGACUAAUGGUGGAAGAACAUCACACUGAUGUGGGUGAGAAGAUGAUGCAGGGGUGACAUGUGAUGAUGUCAUGCUUAGCUGCGACACCAUGCUGUGCAACGAGCUGCUGUUGGCAAGCAGCUCGAAGAUGGAGAUCACAUCCUUCCUCUGUGUGUUCGGGCUGGCCCCGCUGCAGUGAACUGCUGGGUGAGCCGUGGAGGGAGGCUCAGCUGUGUGGUGUGGUUUGCAGAGAGAAAUUAAACAGAGGUACCCAAA